UGUUGGUGUGCUGUUAGCCAUGCCAGAACCGGCCAAGUCCGCUCCGGCUCCCAAGAAGGGCUCCAAGAAGGCCGUCACCAAGGCGCAGAAGAAGGACGGCAAGAAGCGCAAGCGCAGCCGCAAGGAGAGCUACUCCAUCUACGUGUACAAGGUGCUGAAGCAGGUGCACCCCGACACCGGCAUCUCGUCCAAGGCCAUGGGCAUCAUGAACUCCUUCGUCAACGACAUCUUCGAGCGCAUCGCCGGCGAGGCGUCCCGCCUGGCGCAUUACAACAAGCGCUCGACCAUCACGUCCCGGGAGAUCCAGACGGCCGUGCGCCUGCUGCUGCCCGGCGAGCUGGCCAAGCACGCCGUGUCCGAGGGCACCAAGGCCGUCACCAAGUACACCAGCUCCAAAUGAGUCCCGCCUGCACUUGGCGCUCUUCGGUCG